GGCCGCACGCAGCGCCACGCGUGGAGAGCGCAGGCCCGGAAGACCCGCCGCAGUGACAGCAUGAGCCGCACCGCCUACACGGUGGUGGCCCUGCUUCUCCUCUUGGGGACCCUGUUGCCGGCUGCCGAAGGGAAAAAGAAAGGGUCCCAAGGGGCCAUCCCUCCGCCAGACAAGGCGCAACACAAUGACUCAGAGCAGACUGAGUCGCCCCAGCCGCCAGGAUCCAGGAACCGGGGAAGGGGCCAGGGCCGGGGCACUGCCAUGCCUGGGGAGGAGGUGCUGGAGUCCAGCCAGGAGGCUCUGCAUGUGACCGAGCGCAAAUACCUGAAGCGAGACUGGUGCAAAACCCAGCCCCUUAAGCAGACCAUCCACGAGGAGGGCUGCAACAGCCGCACCAUCAUCAACCGCUUCUGCUACGGCCAGUGCAACUCCUUCUACAUCCCGCGGCACAUCCGGAAAGAGGAAGGCUCCUUUCAGUCCUGCUCCUUCUGCAAGCCCAAGAAAUUCACCACCAUGAUGGUCACACUCAACUGCCCAGAACUACAGCCGCCUACCAAGAAGAAGAGGGUCACACGUGUGAAGCAAUGUCGUUGCAUAUCUAUCGAUUUGGAUUAAACCAGCACACCCAGCCUGUCCUGGGGAUGCAGCCCCAGGCGGGCUCGUAGCCAGACAUACAAGCUGAUUCUUACUUGGCUUAAACCUAAGGACACGAAGAACCACCAGCUGCUUCUUGGCAGGAGCCUACUCGUUUGUAAUUUGUGUGCAUGCGUGCAUAUGGGUGCCUGUGGGUGUUUAGAGACACCAGAGAAAACGCAGCCUCUGCUAGAGGGCACUCCCUAUUAUGUAAACGUACCAGCUUGAAUCGGGGAUGGCAACAAAAACCCACACUGCCCUGAGUCACAUGCAAAGGGGCAGGGCUGUGAUCCGGUUCUGCCUUUCCCAGCAUGUGCCUUCCUGGGGACCAGAAUCUCCCUUCAGAAUGAGCAUUAACGGAAAAGGCUACUCCGGGCGUGAGAGACCUGUUUCAGUGCCACAGUAGACUUGGAAAAGUUAUUUCCACCUGUGCUUGCUUCCUGCCUUCUUCUCCCUUCCACAGCCUUCCCCUUCUUAGGUUCUCGAUGACUAUUUCAGUUUAAUUCCAUGUCUGCCAAGGCCUCUAAAUUAAUUGACUUGACUGGAUGUAAAUGUUUUCCAUUUUGUGAAGAUCCUCCAGACCCUGGGGAAGGCUGGUCAAGAAGGAUGAGAAGGAUAGAGGAGUGACAAAGGAAGGGAUUGAGAGUGAGGCCAGGUUGGGCUCAGCAAAAUUGUGCACAAAAAUGUGCAGAGGCUUAGCAGGCAAACCCCAAAAUACAAUGAGACCUGUGGUCUCCUGUUUUGUUUUACCUUUUUUUUCCUGGUUUUUAACGGAACCCAAGGGAACACAAGAGAAAUGAAACUAGUCCAGAAUCAUUAACUUUGGCUGACGUUGUGAUCUGCUAAAAGUAGCUGUGACCCAACACCAAACUUAAAACAUAAGUAUGGACCACUCCUAUUUUCAGAACCAAGUAGGGAGCCAAACCAAAACAGCCCCACCUGCUUUGCCCCUUAGGUGGGCAAGAGGUGUAGCUCAGAAUCCCCUACACAGGCAAAAGACAGAAACCUCUUAGGCAGAAGGUCCUAAUAUCUAUCCUUUUUCUUGGUUAUAAUCACCUCUUUCCCAGUUCAUUAUUCUGCAUAAUGUUUCUGAGAGCCAAGACUCCGUAUUCUAAAGGUUCUGUUUCUUGUGAGUGUACCUGAUAUAAAAGAACCCAUCAAAGAUUAUGGAGUUCAAGGCCUGCCCUAUUAUGUUUCCAGUCUUUUUAUUAUUUUAAAUAGAGAUAGAGCCAGAGAGAAGAGGAGAGUAAGGAAAUAGAGAAGUAAGGAAAUAACUACUCCUGUGGCUAAGGAAUAAACCAGUUCCAGUCAAGUUGACUCCUACUUAUGCCACCCCAUAUGUGUCAGAGUAGAACUGUGCUCCAUAGGGUUUUCAGUGGCUUAUUUUUUCAGAAGUAGAUUGCCAGGCCUUUUUUCUGAGGCCCCUAUGGGUGGGCUAGAACCUCUAAUAAUACGCAGCUGAGCUUAUUAACUAUUUGCACCACCCAGGGACUCUGGCUAAGGAGUUAUUGCCGUCGAGUCAGUUCUGAUGCAUAGUGACCCUAUAUACAACAGAAUGAAACAGGAGUAGUUAGCUCUUAAUAUCUAGGAGAUGGUGUGAGGGAUAUGGAAAUCCCUCUUCAAGCAGAUUAUUUGGGUGGAUUAACUGUCCACUGCUGCUGGUGGGAUCCAUGUAGCUUUGUAACUAUUCAGUACCUACUGAUAGGUGCUCUUCUCUGAUUAAACUGGGCUGCUCUCAGUGCCUACUUAAGCUGUAUCUAAUGACCAAAGUGAAGGAUGUGUUAACCUUUCUGCACUUUGGAUUUGGCUAGCCUGUUCUGUUCAGAUCUGUUUUAUAUGUAAAUCCCCGAAAUACACUUUUUGCCUUGUAUCUUCUCACCUCACUAUCCAAGUCAUGUGUAAUAUGGGAAACAAACACCACAGACUUGGGAUUCAGUUGCCAGUUGUGGCUCUGGCAUUCAGAGAACCAUUGAAACCAAAGAGGCUGUUUUUGUUUUGGUCCAGUGCUUUCCCAUCUAACAACAGGAACCAUACUUUGAGGCAGCAGUUAUCUUGAACACCCAAAAUGUUGGGUCUAAUUUUGAACCUUUUAAACUCACUACUGUUAAUUCUGCACCAGGCAAGUUUGUACAGACGCAUAGUCUGUGCGUUUUGUAUACACUGUAUGCCCCUGUCACUUCUCUCAAUCUUUGUGUCACCCACAUCCUCCAACAAUAAAGCACAGAAUGGAUCUAAUUAAGCACACAAACGCUAAGCCAGAAUUUUGAGAGCGGGGGAGAGGAAGAGAAAGGGCAGGGAGCUGAAAACGUAAACCCACACCAGAAAGGAAAAAUGACAUCUAGCACCAGCAAACAUUGAAUUUCUUUUGUUGUUUUAAGUCUGCCACAAGCAUGCAAUGUUGGUAAAAAGAGAUGACUUUAGUUGGCAGCAGUAAUCUUCUUUUAGUAGCUUGUACCAUGGUCUUGCAUGUAAGUCAGAUUUGGCUCAAGUAAAGAGAAUUUCCUCAAAAUUAACUUUACUGAGAUAAUCAGCAGCAUAACUACCCUAAAGCAUUAGCCAAAAAGAAACGUCUGCUUUUCUUACUGUGCCUAUAUUAAGACUAACAUGAGUAUGGUGUGUCUUCCAACAUUUAUUGAAAAUGCCAUAUCUGUUACAUAUUGUAUUGGAGUCACAGAUGAGGUCAUGAUAUAUUUUUUUCAUUAUUAUAGUAGAAUUUUUUUUUUAUGGCGAGAUAUUUGUGAUCUCAAUCUUUCCUAAUAAAAUAAUGCCAAACACCAAAUAUGAAUUUUAUGAUGUACGCGUUGUGCUUGGCAUUAAAAGAGAAAAACACAUUUUGUAAGUCUGUAAGUUGUUUCUUUGUUGUUGGCACUCUUCAAAGUUGAAAAAUGUAAGUGAAAAACCUAGAGGAAAGGAUAAUUUCCACUGUGUGGAAUGUGAAUAGUUAAACAAAAAGUUAUGGUUAUUUAAUGUAAUUAUUAAUUCAAAGCGUUUGGUCACUGUGAUUUCAAGCAUUUUAUUUUUUCUCUUUUAUGUAAGUUCCUGAGUUGGGCAAAGAAGCUGGCACCUUGUAUGUUGUGGGAGGCUUUUAACCUGGGGUUUCAGGUCAAGGAAACUGUAAAUCCUGACACAUCUGAACGCGUGUUACAGAGUAAAGACCUGAGUUUUUAUUUGUUUAAUUGAAUGUUCCUUAAAAAUGAACAUUUCUGAAGAAAUAUUAAGAGCAACUUUAGAUGUUGUUUUGGACAACUUACGAUGUGCGUUUAUGCAAAUAAAGAGCAGAUAACAACAAAUAGUUGACAAGUAAAGUCCUUUUAAGGAGAAAAUUUAAAAUGGAAAGGGUAUGUACAGAACAUUUAUAAAUGACCAGUUAAUGCUUAAGAGUGAAAGUAGUUCUAUUAAGUUGUCAUCCACCCCCCCAAGAUAUUUAAUAUCAACUGCGUUAUGUAUUAUGUAUGCUUUAAUCAUUUAAAAACAACAAAGGAUCAUAUAGAUUAUGAUUGAGGUACCUUGCUCUGUAUGAGGUUUAGAAGGGAAUUGAUAGUCUUAUAAAAGCUAAUUGGGUUUAAAGUAAAGUUUUAUGCAUCUGUAACUAGAAUUUAAUUUUCACCUCAAUAAUGUUCUAAAUAAUCUUUCCCAAUGAGCAGCCAAUAAAUCAAACUCUU